CGGUUCUGCGCGUCACGGAUUCCAAUCGCUAACGGCCUGCACAUCCUGGCCUUACCCUUGCGGCGCAUUGUACACUAAUCGACUCUCAUGGGUAGGGCACCGAGAUCGGUGGCAAGGGUUUAUGCGGACGUAAACAGCAGGCUGGGCCCUGCGUGGUACGAAUACGAUAACUUACAGGUUCAAUGGGGUUCUCAAGAUCAUUAUGAGAUUGUCCGGAAAGUAGGUCGAGGGAAGUACUCUGAAGUUUUCGAAGGAAUCAACAUCGUGAACGACGAGAAGUGCAUCAUUAAAGUCUUAAAGCCGGUCAAGAAGAAGAAGAUCAAGCGAGAAAUCAAAAUCCUGCAAAAUCUUGCUGGUGGCCCGAAUAUCGUCGCCCUGCUCGACGUCGUGCGAGACCCUUCCUCAAAAAUUCCCAGUCUGAUCACAGAAUAUGUCCACAAUGUGGACUUCAAAGUUCUCUAUCCCCGCUUCUCGGAUUAUGAUGUGCGAUACUAUAUGUUCGAGUUAUUGAAGGCCCUGGAUUACUGUCAUUCGAAAGGUAUUAUGCAUCGAGAUGUGAAGCCUCACAACGUCAUGAUCGAUCAUGAACACCGCAAACUACGAUUGAUCGACUGGGGUCUUGCGGAAUUUUAUCAUCCUAAGACCGAGUAUAAUGUGCGGGUGGCCUCACGGUACUUCAAGGGACCAGAACUUUUGGUCGAUUUCCAAGAAUAUGACUAUAGCUUGGACAUGUGGAGUUUUGGCUGCAUGUUUGCUUCCAUGAUCUUUCGAAAGGAGCCCUUCUUCCAUGGUCAUGACAACUAUGACCAACUGGUGAAGAUAACGAAAGUACUCGGCACGGAUGAGUUCUUCGCAUAUUUGGAGAAGUAUGAUAUCGAGUUGGAUGCGCAGUAUGAUGACAUCCUGGGAAGAUAUCCCAAGCGAGCUUGGUCGCGAUUCAUUACAACGGAGAACCAACGGUACAUUUCCAAUGAAGCUAUAGAUUUCUUGGACAAAUUACUACGUUACGAUCACCAAGAGCGCCUCACUGCUCGCGAGGCUCAAGCUCACCCCUACUUUGAUCCCGUUAGACGUGCCGCGGAUGGUGCAGGGGAGAGUGAUUAGGGGUGUAUCUGUCCUACGUUCUGUCGUGUAUAUCAGUGUAUACAGUUUACUGUUUUCAAGGGAGCACUCUUGUCGUUUGCAUCGCUCUACUAUAUUUAUUUUUCCCUGGUC